GGGUUUUUAAAAAGAAGCCAGAAAAUUCUCUGAAAAGAAAUUACCAAAAAAUGAAAGAAAAUAAAUCAGAAAAAAAUUAGAAAAAUGUAAAAAAAAAAAUUACAAAUAGUCCCUUUAAAUAUUUCUAAAUAUUUCUAAGUAUUAUCCUAAUAAAUGUGUUUCUGUUUAAAAUUAGAAUUGAAAACAGUCUAAAUAAUAAAUAAGUUUCAGCUUGGUGUUUUAUUUUAGCUUCACUACAGACUUCAGUUACUAGACGAGACAUGCCCCCUCCUCUCUGGCUCUGUAUCGAUGGCUGCAGGUGAGGAUACGCGCGGGUAUCGAUGUGCGCGCGGGAGGGUCGGGUGCGCGCGUGUCAGUUGGAAGCAGCAUAUAAAGUGGAUCCAGGUCCUGGACCAGCUCACCUGUCCUCCUCCUGGAACCGAGACAGUCAGACGGGCUCACUAUUCUACAAACAUCUGAACACAACAGCUGCAACUCACCGAGAGGGACUCACUGGGACCGUUUGGAUUCAUUAUUGAUUAUUCGUGUUUCAGAGAGAAGGAGCUUCAGUCUGCAGCAGCAGCCCUUCAGUCAAAUUCUGUUGAUUUGAAAUGAGCUUUAUGAAUAAAGGCAGCAGUCAUGACCAGUCAGCCGCUGCUGAUGGUGUGUCUGGCGCUGGUGCUGGUGGCGUGCACACGCAGCGGAGAGGCGCGCGUCCGACUGAACGCCAUCAGAACGGUGAUCCUGACGGAGGGGCACGCGCUGCCGCUGAACAGGAGCGCCUGGGAGCCGAGUCUGGACCUGACGCUCUUCCAGUGCAUGAGCGACCUGGAGUGCAGCGAGGGCAGCUACUGCCACGCCCCCACCAAAGGCCCCGCCCACUCCCGCUGCCAGACCUGCCGCAGGAGGAAGAGGCGUUGCCAUAGGGACGGCAUGUGUUGCCCAGGCAACCGCUGCAGCAACAAUCUCUGUAUCGCUGACGUGGAUAGUUUCGUGUCUCAGAGGAUCCCAGACUCAGACGGAGGGAUGAGUCCGCUGUCUAAGAAGAAAGGAUGGAGGAAGAGAGGGAGGAUGGAGCGCGAAGGGCCGACCAGUAGAGGUCAAGUCGGGGAUCCCUGUCUACGCUCCUCGGACUGCUCGGACGACUUGUGCUGCGCCCGUCACUUCUGGACUCGCAUCUGCAAGCCCGUGUUGCGGGAGGGACAGGUUUGCACGCGGCACCGCCGGAAGGGGAACCACGGCCUGGAGCUGUUCCAGCGCUGCCCCUGCGGCGGCGAACUGAGCUGCCGAACGCUGCGAGAGCCCGGCACUCGGUCUUCGUCGUCGUCAUCGUCAUCGCUGCUGGUGGUGGCGGCAAAGUCCAAGUUUGCGGCGUCCUCGUCUCGCCACUCCUCCCCCCACACUUCACCGCUGUCUUCAUCAUCAGCAAAGCCGGCGAUGGCAAAGACGAGACUUCAUGUGUGCCAGAAAAGCUAAAGAAGGGUGGAUGAAAAGACACGCAGAUGGAGAGGAAGAAGGAAAGACCCUCCAACUCCAGAGGCGACGAGAGGCAGAGAGUGAGACAGAGACAAACGGAGGGAGGGGUGAAUACCUGUUCACACCUGUAUCUCAAUGCUAAUGAGCUUCCUGUCAGGCUGCUUUCACACACAAACUGAGCGGGACAUGAAACUCUUUGUGGUUCAGAUCCGGUUUCCUCCUCUGGGGGCGUCUAGACGAACAGAAACCACUUUGAAAUCCGGUUUGACCCCAUUUACACCAACAGGAAACGCAUUAACAAUGAAAACCUGAUACACGUCUCUUGUGAUGGACGCCAACAAGCAGGCUUUGAAGGCAAUCAUGUGCUUUUAUUUUGAAAAAACACACUAGAGAAACACUCUAAAAUAUUCUCAAACAAGGAAACAUUGUGCUAACUGUGAAAUAAGGUCGAGAUAGUUUCAUCUGUGGAGUGGCGUUAUUAACAUCUGAUUUUCAAAACAAAAGUCUUGAAUUGCACUGUUAUAAGUAGAUUUAUUUCAGCCUGGUUACAAAGAUAUUUCCCUACAUCUAUCCACUGAUGUGCCACCAAUGGAGAAAGGUCUGCAAAAAAAUACUGAACACAACGAGCUAAACACCGUUAUUAAAAACAAUUUAUGUUGAUUUCCUUAUUUUAAGGUAAUUAUUUUGAUACGACUCUGGUAAACUAUCUUACGUUAGCUUGAAAUUGGAAGUAAACAAAAGAAAAAGUGAACUCAACCCUCAAUGUCCAUUCUGGCAAUCAGGAAAGACAAAAAUAGGUUUUCAACACCUCAAGGGGUAAUUUAAAUGAAAUAUAGGACUUUCUAGUUGUAUAAUGUUCCACUGAAACUCCCAAAACAACAACUGUACCACAAAUAUAACUUCUCUUUGUAAAAGAGCGUCAAUAGAAACUCGUUCACAUCCUUAAACUGUGAAAUGUCGCCUUGUUAAGCCAAACCUCUCCAGACGUCUCGUUGGAUUGCACUGUUGUUAUCGUGAUAGAGUUAUUUUUCUAUAAGUUGUUCCUGUAUAUUUUGGAUGAAUGUUGGUAUAACUAUGAGUUUGUAAUGCGGCGCUCUGCCAGUUUAUUUUGGGGGUUUAUUUCCACCACUUUAAGAAGGAAUCUUGUGUUUCUGUCAUGUAAGGCAGUCUGUCAAUCACUAAUCUGUGUUUUUAUCAUUAAAAGGAUUUGUCAUCUUAAACAUGUUCGUGUGUCUUUAUAUUUUGGUACAAAUAAAACUAUUUAUGUUAUUUAUAAA